UAUACGCUUCGCGCAACUCCAUAAGUUAUCGAUCGACCUGAAAGGCCCUAGAAUAAAUAAAACAAAUCAUGGCCUAAAUAACAAAGUUUCUCCCAUAUCUGAAAUUCAUAAAUAAUUGUAGUGUUGUGUGCAUCGGCUGAUGUGAUUUCACAUCAUUGAAACUGUGAAAAGAGACCGCAAAAUGAAAAAAAUAACCGGUUAAACAUAACCUCCCUUCAGAAGAACUAAAUCUCCAAAAUGUCUUGUAAAGUUAAUAUGACGAAUGGAGUGUCCCUCAAUGUCGAUAAUCAUAUGUAUGCGAAAGCACCAGCUCUGGAUGCUAGUGUCAAGUUAGCAGGAGAAGAAGCCAAAGACAGGCUAUACGAAUCGAAGCACAAAAAGAAGUUGGUUAGAGUUUUGACUGUGAUAGCAUAUGUUUUUUUCGUAUCUCUGGCGGCUAUCAUGUUAUCCUUAUAUUACAUAUUCAUUUGGAAUUGUGACCAAAAGCCUACUACUCAACCAUACGCCAAAGCGUAUUCUAGAUGUGAAAAUAUCCACUAUCCAGGUUAUCAGCAUCCUCACUUCAAUAAUGAAAUAUUAGAGUUAAGAGCAUCUAAGACCACAUCUGAAAGUAUACUUAAAAUGGAUGAAGCAGACUCCGCCUGGUCUGAAAGUAAUUUCAACAGUGUUGCAGAAAAUGGCUUGGAGAAGUCAAGUCCCUUGAUAAGGAAGUUAUUCCGAAAUAAAUUCCUAUAUAAUAGAAAUCAUAUUGGUUAGAGAUCCUUAUGAUCAAAUAAAUCAAGAACAUUUUCAGUUGGAUAUCAGUUUGGACCAUGAAGUAACCGAAAUCGAUAAUACAGACAUAUUGGGAGUGACAUGAUAUGAUAUAGAUGAUGCCUUCAUUUCAUCAUGAACUUCAAAACUGUAGAAAGCACUGAUAGUAUUAAAUCUCGAGAACAUUGUGUUUAA